ACUCGCAUCUUGUCUGUUCAUGAUGUCGCAUCGACACCUAAAGCUUCGAUUGCUUGAGCUCCUGAAGAUCAAAGCAUACUUCAUAAUUGUUCUACUUCUAUUCUAUCAAAUCUACCUCUGCUUUGAAAGCUAUCUGGCAUACCCCAAAUAUGUCUCAACAAAAAUCGUGGAUCAAAGAAACACGGUUUUUCCAGAAGUUACAUUCUGCCCGAAUGACACUACGUUAAGGCCUGGUCAAUUCAUGAGAUCUUACUACGAAAGAUACAACAAAGCCAGAUCCGAUGGGAUAUCUUUUCAGGGCUACGAAAAUGCAACGCUACUUCAAGUUCUUAAGAAAACGAAGACUCCCGGAUGGCAAGGAUGUAUGACAUUGUCAAGAAAUGAUGAACACCAACAAUUGGGACUCUAUUACAUUCGGUUGAACUACCGAAACGUCAUGGUGAAAUUAUAUGUGCAUUUCCCUGGUCGCUUAGAGGAGAACCAAUCCCUUCAAAUGCCCAAUGAAGUGACUCCAGGACAAAUUCGACAAUUCCAAGUGAUGUAUCAAGACACUCACUUACAACCUAUCCACUUUUUUAACGGAUCCAAGUCAUGUUGGGAAAUCGGAGAUGAAAAUCAAAAAGGCACACCUUGUCGCUCCUUGGAAAUCAUUUUGGGCAAAAGCAACGAUGAGAUGAGAGCUAGCCUAUGGCCCAACAAAAGUGAACAAUACCUAUAUUUCAUGCCCUAUGUUCUAAAACAUGAGGAAAAAUUUGCCUAUUCCUUCUUGAGAUUUGCAUCUGACGUUGGCGGAUAUUCUGGUAUUCUGACUGGCAUGUCUUUACUUCAUGGAUUGGCAGGCUUUAGAACCUUGGUUCAGAAAUCGGUUGAUUAGCUUCAAUAUCACUAAUGAAGCACCACUGAGAGUUCGUGUCAGAUGUGUUUUUGAUAGCCUAUUUAUAAUCUGUUUAAUUAUUUUUACCGUUUUUGUUGAUGAAUUAUUCAAUUCGACCAAAAGUCGAAGUAUUAGUUAGUAAUAUUAUUAAUAAUUUUUGAUGGAGGCCACCAAGAAGCAUUGUCGAUAUGUCUUGCUAAAAUAAAAAAA